CAUUUGGUCCGUGACUAUUAUAUUUUACAGGUAGGAAGCUUAAACAUACACAAAGCAUCUUAUAAAGUCGCAAUAUUCUUUGACAUAUUUUGAACGCGAUUUAUACGAAAGGUGAUGUAUGGACAGAAUGACCUGUCCCCGAAUCAAGCAGACUGAUGGCAAUAACACAAAAGAUGUUUUCAGUGUCGGAAAGUGAGAUGGAUUAGAAAAAUCAGUACAGGAAAAAAAGCUGAGGUAACGAAUGAUAAAGAGUCAGAAAGAAUGAAGAUACAAAAGUUAAAAGAAUGUCUAGCAUCUGUAAGCAAAUACCAGCUUGUUUAUAUGCAAAAAAUCGUUAAAUGCAUUUAUAUUAUUCGAAACGACACUUACUCUUUGCAUAUGGGCAGAUUCUGUGUGAAGAGGUAUCGUGUAACACGACGCAAGCGUGAGAGUUAAAGGGAAAGAAUUAUCUUCUUUUAGGUAUUAGGAAAUUUUUAUUUUUUGGUGAGAAAUUAAAUAUAAUGUUUUUAUUGUUUUUUUAUAUUCGCUCUUGGUAUUCUAAAAUAUGAAGAUUCAUCUUAGCACUGUUCAAAGAGAGGUUUAUAAAAUAGAUGUUGACCCGGAAGAACUUGUUUCCACUCUCAAAAAAAGGAUCGAACAGCUCUACAAAUACCCAUUCCCUCAGCAGUAUCUCAUCUACAAGGGACAGUUCCUCGACAAUAACAAAAAAUUGAGCCAAUAUAAUGUUUCUGAGAACGAUAACUUAGUGAUCUAUGUCAAGCCUAUGGCGAAUUCUAAUAAUACGCAGAAGAAUACGACUGUGGAAGCUGACAGUCAAAUUCCGGCGAGUGGAAAAUCAACUGAGAACAGUAAUACGACUAUGCCUCAAAAUUCAGCUUCGACAGCUCAAACAAACACCACAAUGCCUCUUGCAAACUCCAGACCUACUCAAGAAAACUUGAGAGGAAUGGUGUCAGAUGCCGAACAUGAAGCAACAGUAAACAGGAUAGUAGAUAUGGGGUUUGAUCUCGAUCAAGUAAUUCUGGCAUUAGAUCGUAGCUUUCAAAAUCCUGAACGAGCAGUUCAAUAUUUGGUUUCUGGUGAAAUACCAGAUGUAGACGAAGAAUUAUCUCAGACAGAACUUGCCCAUUUACCUUCUGCUACAUACCCGAAUUCUCAAGCCCAAAACCAGGGUAACAGUAGGACUGAUAAUUCAAAUUUUUUUGAUUUUCUGGUCAACAAUGAACAUCUUGACGAAAUCCGAAACCAAAUUCGAGAAAAUCCAGAACUUUUAGAGCAGCUUUUACAAAACCUAGCAGAGAUUGAUCCUAAUAUCAUUUCUCUGAUUAAUGAUAAUUUAGACGAAUUUAUGCAUUUUAUCCAAGAUCCACCACAGAACAGAGCAGCUCGAGUGUCAAAUGAAAACAGCCAACCUCAGCAAGAAGUAGGAAAUGUCGAAGGUCAGAAUAUGGGCGGUAAUAAUACUGAAAUACACUAUAUCUCCGUAAGCGAGGAGGAAAACGAAGCGAUUCAACGCCUCUGUAAUCUAGGUUUUGAAAGACCCAAAGUGAUUGUGGCGUUUCUAGCUUGCGAUAAAGAUGAACAAAUGGCUGCGAAUUAUUUACUUGAGGGGCAUGAUGAUUGAAAAUAAUAAUACCCGCUGAAAAAACCAAUCUCAGUUACUUCACUAUGCCCAAAACUGUAAAUUUUGUCGAAAACUGGAAAAGCGAGAAAAUAUUUCUCUAUCUACCUAUAAAACUGCAAAGAAUUUUAAUGGUCUAUUCGAGUACAACUAAUAAUAACAUUAUGUUAUUUGGGAAUAAAAACUCAUUUUCACUCAAAAUUUAUGUAGAUCUGUUAACCAGACUUAUAACCUUUCAUGUGAUUUUUGAUCGAUUAUAUGUGCAUUACAUCAUAUGUGCAUAAUAAGGUCUACUUGGAAGAGCUAAAUUAAACUUCUGCUCUUAAUUACAGCAGUACAUACUAUGGCUCAAGAUUUCUAUAUAUGAAGUGUCUCAACUACGCCAAAGAGGUUUAAUUAGUUUUUAAGCCCUCGCUAAGUUGGCUUAGCUAGGGAAUGGGCGAAAAACAGUAAACCGGAUAUGAAAUUCUAACAAAUUAUAAACGAUAUAAUAAACGAUUAAACUAGCAAAGAAGUGAAUAUCCCAAACUGCUGUCAAACAAAAAAUAAUUCAAGUACAAUUUUAUCAUCUCUUCCUAGUUUUCUUUUUUAUAUGACAA